AAAGAUCUGGCCAUCGAUCAAACAUGGCAUCCCAGCACAACUCCCUUCGCGACCGUCAAGUGGNCGUCCAUCGAGAAAGUCCUGAACCUCAAUCACGCUUCUCCCGAAAGCGCAGAUACACAGCACGAUGCUACUCUUGCCAACGGUCUCGUCACCAAAGCCACUCCCAUCCUCAAUGCCGAUGGCGAGCCGAUCUGGAAGGUCCUUGUCUUUGACAGCCUAGGAAGAGAUAUGAUCAGUAGUGUCCUUCGCGUCUCAGACUUGCGCUCUUGGGGAGUCACCAUACACCUGUACGUCGCCGAAAUCAGCUGCUUGCUCAUCGAGCCCUUGCGCAUGCUGAGUCUUGCUACAGAGCUGCUGCUGACAGCAACGUGUCAGANNCCUAUUGCCUCAAAACGUCAUGCCAUUCCAGACGUUCCUGCCCUCUACCUCGUCGAACCUACCCCUGAGAACCUGAACAUCAUCGCUUCCGAUCUCGCAAACGGCCUCUAUUCGUCCGCAUACGUCAACUUCCUCUCAUCAAUAUCUAGACCUGUCUUGGAGGACUUUGCCGCCCAAAUUGCCGCAGGAGGAACAUCGGAAAGCAUCGAGCAAGUCUACGACCAAUACCUGAACUUCGUCGUCAGCGAGCCCAACCUGUUCAGUCUGGGAAUGGGCAAGGAUGUUUACUAUACUAUGAACAGUGCGCAAACCAGCGACGAGGAGAUUGACGCAAAAGUCGAUCGCAUCGUGAGUGGUUUGUUCAGUGUGGCCGUGACCAUGGGCGGCGCGGCAGAAAUGAUUGCAGCCAAGCUUGACCGCAAACUGCGCGAUCACAUUCUGAAUGCGAAAGACAACCUCUUCUCCGGCGCCAAUGCUCGCAACAACACUGCAGCUGCCACACCGGCUUCGCGACCUAUUCUGAUCAUUGUCGACAGAAACCUUGACCUCGUACCGAUGCUCUCACACUCCUGGACAUAUCAAUCAUUGGUACACGAUGUGCUCAAGAUGCACCUCAACCGCAUCACAGUCGAGUUGCCAGGAGAUGACUCAGAUGCGACCAAACCUGCGACUAAGCGAUCAUACGACCUGAACACAAAUGACUUCUUCUGGACCAGAAACGCAGGAGUGCCGUUCCCACAAGUCGCAGAAGACAUCGAUACUGAAUUAACGCGCUAUAAAGAGGAUGCCAACGAGAUUACCAAGAAGACCGGAGCUUCUUCAAUUGAGGAUCUGCAAAACGAUACGUCGACCUCGGCCCAGCAUCUCAAAGCAGCCAUCACUUUGUUGCCUGAAUUACGUGAACGCAAAAAUAUUCUCGACAUGCACAUGAAUAUCGCGACCGCUCUUCUGAAGGGCAUCAAGGAGAGACAGUUGGACAAUUUCUUCCAGCUAGAGGAAGACAUUAAAAAGCAGACCAAGGCACAGAUGUUGGAAUUGAUUUCGGACUCUGAUAAAGGCAAAGAACCUUUGGACAAACUCCGAAUCUUCAUCAUCUGGUUCUUGAGCACCGAGCAGGAGGUAUCCCGAGCAGAUAUGGACAAGUUCGAGGAGGCGUUGCGCAACGUUGGAGUCGACACCACUCCUUUGACUUAUGUGAGACGUGUACGAGAGAUUACGCGCAUGACCAUGAUCUCGUCGGCACCCACUCAGCCUGCCCAGUCAUCAGCAUCGAACGACCUCUUCCGAGGAUUCAGCUCACUCUCCAAGGGAUUGACGGAAAAGUUCAAGGAGGCUGGAAUCGGUUCGAACUUUGAGAAUUUGAUCUCGGGUGUCAAAAACUUCCUGCCUGCCAACAAAGACCUGACACUGACCAAAAUCACGGAGUCGUUGAUGGAUCCGUCCAACGCCAGUACGAGUGCGCUCCAAAAGACAGAGGGCUAUCUCUACUUUGAUCCUCGCAGUGCCAACGCUCGAGGCACGAUGCCCCCGUCAGCAGCUCAGGCUAGAAACCCUGGUGGCAGCAGUGUGACAAGAGGCAUCGAGGCAAGCUUCGGUCAACGGAGACAAGGCUACAGCGAAGCCAUUGUGUUCACAGUCGGUGGUGGCAGUAUGGAUGAGUAUGGCAACUUGCAGGACUGGGCCAACAGAACGAGCGGCCAAGGAGCAGCCGGCUCAGUAAGCAAGAAGCGCAUUGUGUACGGCAGCACGGAGCUUGUGAAUGCGGAAGACUUUGUGCUCGGGGAAUUGACAAAGUUGGGCAAUGAAAGCGCAUAG